CUAAUCACACUGGCCCAACAUAAUGAAAACCCGACGCAACGCAGCCCAUACUUCGGAUCAAUUCCCUCAGAGACUGCAAGUCAACACUCCCAGCAGCAGCGUGCGAGUCUGCGACCGACAUACUCGCGGGAUUCAGUUGAACUUUACCGAUUGAUUACGGUGCCCCGACGCCGAUGGACCAGCAGCAAGGCGGCGGCGUCUGCGGCCGUGGCCGCGUGCGCUGCCAUGGCUGUUUUCUAUGUUGCGGUUCUAUAUUUCCCGGCGCUGAUUCUCCGAUUACCCCCGCCGGAUUCUUUUAAAUCCUUCAUGAUACGGCGUUUCGCGUGCGCAGCCGUGUCCUCCGUCGUUUCCCUCGUUCUCUGCUCUCUCAUCCUCCCCAUAGGAAAGUGGGAUACAUCGAUACUGCUUGGUGUUUAUGGAAUCAGACUGGAUCAUAGCUGGCAAGCUUUGGUCUUUCCUCUUUUAUUGACUUCCCUCAUGUACUCUGGGACCUUUACUCUGAGACUUUUAUCAAUGUUCGAUGCAAGCAACGAGCAUUUAAGUCUCGGGAGUCUAUCAGUGAUAUAUAUCAAGAGCGUUUUAUUGAAGAUUAUAGAUUGGGUAGUUUCAACAACUUACUCUGUGUCAGCCUGGCGUAACUAUGUUGUGGCACCACUUACGGAAGAGUUGGUAUUCCGAGCUUGUAUGAUUCCUUUGCUACUGUGUGGAGGAUUCAGUACCUACGCUGUGGUAUUUCUUUGUCCAAUAUUUUUCAGUUUAGCUCAUUUGAAUCACUUACUGGAGUUGUAUGUCCAGAAAAAAUGCAGUUUUCCCAAAGCUUGUCAAGUUGUAGGUUUCCAGCUAGGGUACACCAUCAUCUUUGGGGCGUAUGCAUCAUUUCUUCUUGUCCGUACUGGGCAUCUAGCUGCUCCACUCAUUGCUCAUAUAUUUUGCAAUUUCAUGGGGUUGCCUGUAAUAUCUUCCAGUAGGUCUGGUAUAGUGAGUGUGGCUUUUUUACUGGGAAUGGUAAGUUUUUUCUGGAUGCUUUUCCCAAUGUCCAGUCCACAUUUGUAUAACAAUAGAGAAGAUGAUUGCAAGUGUUGGCAUAGAUACUGUAACUGGAACUAAUUAGUACGCAUAACUUAUGCAUUGCACAUAGCUUUAAUAGACACCAAGGGGACCAAGUUUCCUUCAGUUUUUAUUGUUUAUAUGUUCAUAUUAUUAUCAUUCAAAUUUAUCGAUUUAUGAUUUUUUUUUCUUUCAGAAUUUGUUUUAUAUAAUUUUAUUUGCCG